AUGUCCAACCGCACUACAGUGACCGAGUUCCUUCUCCUGGGAUUCUCUGACAUUCGGAAGCUGCAGGUUUUGCACUUUGUGGGAUUUCUAGUGAUGUACCUGGUAGCCCUGACAGGGAAUCUCCUCAUCAUCACAGCUGUAGCCCUCAACCACCACCUUCACACCCCCAUGUACUUCUUCCUGAUGAAUAUGUCCCUCCUGGACCUCGGCUCCAUCUCCACCAUCGUCCCCAAGUCCAUGGCCAACUCCCUCAUGAGCACCCGGUCCAUUUCGUAUUAUGGAUGCAUCGCCCAAGUCUUUCUCUUCCUUUUCUUCGCUACAACUGAGCUCCCUUUACUGACCAUCAUGGCCUAUGACCGGUACAUCGCCAUCUGCCAACCGCUGCACUAUGAGAGAGUGAUGAACAGGAGAGCAUGUGUCCGAAUGGCAGCUGGCAUCUGGAUCAGUGGGGUUCUCAAUUCUGCCCUGCACACUGGGAACACGUUUGCAAUAAUCUUCUGUGGAGACAAUGAGAUGGAUCAGUUCUUCUGUGAAAUCCCCCAGCUACUCAAGCUCGCCUGCUAUGACUCCUAUCUCGGUGAAACUGGAGCUAUUGUGGUUAGCGUGUGCUUUGCCUUAAGCUGUUUUGUUUUAAUAGUUGUGUCAUAUGUUUUGAUAUUCAAAACCGUGCUGAGAAUCCCCUCGGAGCAGGGCCGGCAUAAAGCCUUCUCCACCUGCCUCCCUCACCUCACUGUGGUCUCCUUGUUUGUUUCCACUGCUAGUUUUGCCUACAUUAAACCCACCUCCAGCUCAAUCUCGGGUCUGGAUCUCCUGGUGGCUGUUCUCUAUUCUGUGGUGCCUCCCAUGAUGAAUCCCAUCAUUUAUAGCAUGAGGAACAAAGAGAUUAAAUCUGCCCUGUGGAAAAUGAUUGGGUCAAGGCUAUACUCCAAAAAAUAA